UUCCUCUCACACAGUCUCAGUCAGAGCAGCCAGCUAUAGCGUCGCUCACUCGCAGUUAGAAAUUGCCUUCCGUGUUUCUCGGACUGCUACGGGCCCUAACCGAGCCCCAAAAUGCUGGGACCCUGCUUGUUUCUUGGAUUCGCGGUAUUUGCCCACGUCGCCGCUCAGGGCAGUUGCCCAGGCGGAAGGCCUUGCGUCCAAGCCAACGUGUGCACGCGUCAGAUGAACGCGGCUGGACAGUUCGUCAACCUCACAGCGCUGCCUCAAUGCGGCUUCACUGGCAGCAGGCCGCUGGUCUGCUGUCCGGCCGAGACCAACGUGCCGCUCGGCGCUUUGCCUUCCACGACGCAGCGACCCUACGUGACCGCCUCCAACAACCAGCCUCCCUCGUCCGCCACCAGUGCGCGGCCAACCACCGCCUACCCCAGGCCGCAGAGCGCUACCACAACGCGUAUGCCGACCACUAGUUCGCAAACCACGACGAGCAGGAGGCCAGCCCCUGUGACAGGGUCGCACGUUGGAGCCCACGCGUUGUUGUCUCCAGCGCCAAACAAUAAAUCACCGGCGAUAUACCUUCGAGAAAACGUUACCGACGUGCGCAUCUCUGAUCGCGAGCAGCCGGUGGUUUCAUUCGGCAGCACCAGCAACCUGCCACCGUCGUCCAGUUUGUACCCUGGGUCAAACCUGGUGAACUCUGCACACAGCGGUCCUAUCAAUUUCCCCCAGAAAAACGUUGUGCAAUCCAUCACUCAACCCAUUAUCACGCAGCCCAAAGAUUUGAUGCGCCACCCCAACAUCAAGCUGCUGCCAGUGGACCGAUGCGGUCGCAACGCCGACGAAAGCACCGAACGCAUCCACGGCACCGUGGAGACAGCUUCCCUUGGCGAGUACCCCUGGGUGGCACAGCUUGGAGAGCUUAGACCAGGAAAAAAUUUCAGAAUGAUGUGUGGUGGCUCAGUGAUUAACAAGAGAUACAUCCUCACCGCAGGCCAGUGUAUCAGACAGGAGCUGACAUAUGCGAGACUCGGCGAAUACGACAUUGACACCGAUCCGGACUGCGCUGGACAAGAUGACUGCGCAGAACCUACCCAAAUUAUCAAGAUUUCUGAAAAAAUCAGGCACGAGCGCUACGACAAGCCUUAUUCACAAAACGAUAUUGGGCUUGUCAGGCUGGAAAGGUCUUUGCCUCAUCACUUUUCUUCAUAUAUCCGCCCUAUUUGCAUCCCCUUGAAACAAGAAGUUGAUGUUGUGAAUAACUAUUCAAGGAUAAAGCUGAGAACUAUUGGAUGGGGUCUCACACACUCAGUGAGCAAACCCCAUUCGCCCAUUUUGCUGGAGGCUGAGCUCAACUUGGUUACAAACAGAGACUGUGGUAGUUUGCAGGUGAAACCACUGCACAGUAAAAUCGCAGAUACACAGAUCUGCGCGAAUUCAACUUACCAGAGCUCAACCGCGUGCCAAGGUGACACCGGUGGACCGCUGAUGCUUCUGACGCUCGGAUACGGCGCUCUGACUGAGAUACCCGUCUACAUGCAGUUGGGAAUCGUGUCGCACGGCCCAGACGAGUGUGGUUUGAAUGCGCCGCCAGCCAUAGCCACAAGGGUCUCCUCAUUUGCUGAGUGGAUCCUGGAUAACAUUCGGGAUUAACAAGUACCAGCAAGGACUACAUUAUAAUACUGUUGAUUAGUGCGCUAGAGAGGUUUGGGUUGUGAUUCAUCUCACCAAUAAUUUAUUCAUAGGCCGAUUAAUAAUUGCUCACGACCGUCGUGUACAAAGUACAACGGAAAUUAGACAGUCUUCCCUAUUGAGAUAAAAAUGAAUUGCUAGUUUUUAAUUCAUUUGAUUUUAUUUUAUUAUUGUGUGUUGAAUUGAGAGGUUCAUUGAAAGCAUCACAAGACAUUUUUGUAUUUAACUCCAUUUACAUCAUGCAGCAUAAUAUUGUAGUUUUUAAGUUUACAAAUACAAAACAGACAACAAAUUA